AUGGACUCUCGCGCAGCAGCUUCAGAAGCGAUGCGCUCGGCCAUAGAAUAUUGGUCUCAAUUUGUCGCGCGCUCCAUCUCUCAUCGUCUCGAUACAGAGAAAUUCGAGAAUUACGUUCGACUCGUCCAUGACCAACAUCCUCUGCCUCCCGCCCUCGUCGCCGACUUCUUCCUUCGCCCUCAACCGUCAAACGAUAAUAGUCUCGACCCUCGAAUCCCUCAAUAUUUACAAGUUCUCACAAGACUCGGCUACGUCGAUGCGCCAUCAAUACUAAAAGCGCUGUACAAAUACUCGUCUUUACAUGCGUAUGCACAACAACCGAACGCCAAUGAGGGCAAGGACAACGAAAAGGAGAACGAAAAAAGCGACGAUAAAGAGAAGGAUGAAAAGAAACAGAAGAUUACUCGAUGGAAGAGCUCGUACUGGGCCGAAGAGGUGCUUUUCUACGGGAUUACCAAGUCCGUAGUAGAAGGCAAAGCCAUACGAGAUUCAAAAACGGCAUUGGAGAUGACAAGGAUCAUUUCCAAAUUAAUGGUCCUUUUCACGACUGCAUUUGCGGCCGAUAUGAUUGAGCAAUUGCACACAGCCCAGGUACGGGAUGAAAUGGAAUCGUCGAGGGCAGCUCUGGUCGCACUCCUCCUACGGAUGUGCGAGAAUGACAUCCUUGUUGGAGCCGUGAGCAAACCAAUUGCCAAAGACGUCCGGAAAGAAAUGUCUGCUGGCUUGGCAAGCUUUGUGCCAACGUUACAGCUCGUGCCGCAAAUAACAGACAAGCUCGAGCAGUUUCGAACGGAGAUCCUUGCUAGUUCUGAUCCCGCCGAUAAGAAGAAGCAAGCUACUAAUGCUGCUAUGGACGAACUUCUUGAUUCAGCCGUUGGCCUGGACAAUUUUGUUGUGGCAGAUAUCCCAGUCAGCAACACUCGGGCAGGACUGUACAUCUAUCUGAAUGCUGCGCUUAUUGCACGCCCUCUUUUGGACGACCAUGCUUUGUUUUCGUACAUGAGCAACAAGUAUCAAGGAGACAUCCAAUCAAGCGCCAUCGACCUUAUUCUUGCGUCUUUUGAUAUCCUGGCCAACGCGGUUUUCCGCAAUGAGGGACAGAAAGACGCCCACCUUCUAAGAUCAUUCUUGAUCAACAAAGUUCCUAUACUUCUCUAUCAACUGUUACCCCCUGGUUUCCCAGGCACAUCGGCUGAAUUCUGUAUUACGGAGGCACUAAGCCACGUAGAUACAAGCUUGUUUCCUACAGCAUCACUCAUGUUUGAUGAGUCGAGAAACAAUAAUCCUUACACGGAAAGUAUUAGGGAAGAGUUUUGCGCCGCGUGUGUACUACAUGGUCUCGUGCAAAGGGAGCACGUGGAGAGGAUUUUGGGAGAAAUAUCGCUUUCCUAUGAACCAUCUUUACAAAAGCAUUCCAAAGAUAAGCUUGUGCAAGACUGCUUGUCUGAUACGGAAAAGAUUCAGGGCCUUGUUCGAGAACUCGACAAGAUGGACGGCAAUGUCGGUGCAGUUUGUCAGGCACUUGCUGAGUCUUUAGACGUGAUUCUCUUGUUUGAGAAGCUGCCAAAUAUUCUUGAACCUUUGUGUCAACUUCUUGAUAACUGGCGUUAUGAAGACGACCAAGAAGAGUAUCAGCCCGUGUACGAGGAGUUUGGUGCUGUUCUACUUCUUGUUUUGGCUUUCACAUAUCGAUAUAACCUGAACGCAGUGGAAAUUGGCAUCGCUAGCCCUGACUCUUGGGUUGCUAAGAUUAUUGGUAGGGGGCAUAUUGGACGACAAUGCAAUGAGCUCACUCAAAGGGAGAACGAUCACCUCAACGGGUGGAUUCAUGGGCUUUUCGAUACUGAGGCCGGUGGUCUCGGUGAUGAGUUGAUGUCAUCUUGCCCACCGCAAGAGUUUUAUCUUGUUGUGGCACCUCUAUUCCAGAGCAUUGUCGUUGCAUAUACAUAUGGCUAUCUCAACGACGAGAGCCUCAAGGGAGGCAUAGAAUACCUUGUGGAUACCUUCUUAUUGCCAUCUCUUGUCCCGGCGAUUCGAUUCCUGGCAGACUAUCUCUGGAUCGACCAAAAAGAACAGAAGUCCAUUAUCAAGAUUCUGCAACUCAUCCUUCUCCCAAGCUCAAUUUCGGGAGAAGCAAGCACAAUGCUUUCAUCCGUCAAAAACCUCAUUGCAAAGCCUUUGGAGCAUGCUUUACGAACAUAUCAACGCCGAGAUCCCAAUAAUCAAGACAUUGAACCUCUUUUGCGGACUCUCAAGGAUAGCAUCCCCUUGUCACGCCGAACAGGGGGAACUGACCUCAAUGAGCUCGAGUCUUGGACUACUACACUUCCUACUGGUCUCUCUAGUGCCAUCAAACUUACCAUCCAAGGCCUUGUCCACUGGAGCAUUCAUCCUGCCAUGAACAGUAUGCCGACUUCUUAUACUCAUCGGCAAAUAUUGGCUGCUCUGAAGAUAAUGGGCCCCAAACGAGUAUUGCAUGUCAUCUUGGAAGAGAUUCGACAACACACAGAGGCUGGAAGUGCCAGUAUUGUCUACGACGUUGCUAUCUCGUUGAUCUGUGCACCUGACGCCGCGAAAGAUGCCCCUGCGGUUGUCGAUGCAAACGGAAACAUGCUGCCACCGGUCCAGCGGCAGCGUAGUCUCCGGGACCUUCUCAAAGUCGAGGCUGAAGGCUGUAGGAAACUCCAGAAGAAAGACCCAGCACUGGCUGAGAUCGUUGUACGUCUACAUCGUCGUGUCGAAGCACAGAUGAUCGUCCCCCAGCCUCCAGGAAUGCUUCAAACUGCAGAGAUGUCUCUUAACCUCGAUGGUGAGACCGCUGGACUUGGAGACGCCAUGGCUGCUGCGGCUUCAGGUGUUCAGGGUGACAACAUGUCAGUUGAUAACUUGACUCUUGACGUCAGUAUGGGUGGUGUGCCAUCUGAUCUGGGACUUGGAUCUGCCAAUGACGGAGGAAGCUUGGAUCCUUCAGGAGAUGCUGCCAUGUUUGAAGGAUUUGAUACUCAGGACAUGGAUAACUUUGAUUGGGAUGACAUUAGUAACUCGUUUCAGUGA